AUGUAUUUAACCGUGUCGACUCCUCUGUGGAGUUUACAGUCACAUUCUCCCUACCGUAGCAAUUAUUUCUAUCUAUCUAUCUAUCUAUCUAUCUAUCUAUCUAUCUCUUUCUUGUGGGAACUGUACAAUCAUGACCCCCGUCCUGGUGAUGUUCGCUUCUCAGAGGAUGGCAGACUACAAGAGCACGGUGACGGGUAUAUCAUCUAUUGGUCAGGCAAUUCAGUACCGGGGAGAUGGCUUUCUGGCGCUAAUUUCUUUCUUUCUUUCUUCUUCGUCUUCGAUAUUUAUCUUCAUUUUUUCUUCUUAUUCUUUAUUUAUAUUCGCUUUUCUUUUUCUUACCAUUUUUACGAUUUUCUUUCCCUUUCUUUCUUUCUUUCUUUCUUUCUUUCUUUCUUUUCUUUUCAGACUAUUUUUUCUUUCUUUCUUAUCUUUCUUUCUUUAUUUUUUUCCAGACUAUAUACUUUCUUUCUUUCUUUCUUUCUUUUUUUCUUUCUUUCUUUCUUUCUUUCUUUACGGACCGUUUUCUUUUUUCUUUCUUUUUUUCUUUCUUUCUUUCUUUCUUUCUUUCUUUUUUUCUUUCUUUCUUUCUUUCUUUCUUUCCAGACUAUUUUCUUUAUUUCUUUCUUUCUUUCUUUUUUUCUUUCUUUCUUUCCAGACUAUUUUCUUUCUUCCUUCCUUCCUUUCUUUCUUUCUUUCUUUCCAGACUAUUUUCUUUCUUUCCUUCCUUUCUUUCUUUCUUUCUUUCUUUCUUUCUUUCUUUCUUUACAGACCGUUUUCUUUCUUCUUUUCUGUCUUUCUUUCUUUAUUUUACUCCAGAUUUCUUUCUUUCUUUCUUUCUUUCCUUUCUUUCUUUCUUUCUUUCUUUUUUGUCAUCCAUUCACACAAACAUAUUAA